UAUGUUGCCAUGGCAUCGUCGUCAAAAACAAAAAAGAGCAAAGGUCGUCGAAACACUGAGACGAAAAUGCUAGAAAAAGAAAUUGCUAGACAAGUUACUUUCACUAAACUCAGUUCAAACAUUGUCAAACAAGGAAAUGAACUUCGCACUCUUUAUGGGGCUGAGAUAACUUUGAUUUUCUUUUCACCCGAAGGACAGCCCUUCUCCUACGGAGACCCAUCAGUUAUUGAUCGUUAUCUUUCAGAUGUAAAGGAUACUUCUGAAGAUGCAGUGGUUACGGCUCAAUGUAAUGCAAGAAUUGCUGAACUCAAUAUUGAGUAUAACAAAGCUCUUAAGAAGCUAGAAGCUGAAAAAAAAAGAGGAAAGCAAUUAGCGGAGGAAAGAAAAGACAAUAACAGUAAGUAUUGGUGGGAUAGACCUGUUGAUGAACUGAGUUUGGAACAGUUAGAAACGCUUGUACUUCGCUUGGGUGAGCUUAAGAUCCAGUUAAAAGAUUGACUAGAGGAACUAUUUCCAUCCAGCGGUGUUGCAUCUUCUUUGACCUCUUCAUAUGAAGUCACUCGUGAACUUUAGUUUGUCCAUAGACGUGAGGCUCAUUAGCUGUAAGUUUAUACAUCUCGAAAUGAAGUCUCAGUUAUAUCUCCGGACGUGAACGUUUUGGUUUUAGUUGCAUACUUGGCUAUUGCUAAUUUUGAGGCCAUAUUAGUCCUCACAUAUUGAUAAAAAAAAUGUAAGCAAAAUAAAAUGGGUACAACUACUGUAACCUAUAAGCAAGGGACGGCCAAAAAUAAA